CCUAGUUUUGAUCUAGCUCCUCCACCACUCCCAUACCACACUACACUGCACACCUCCGUCACACGUUAGCCAUGGCCGCUACCACAACCGCCGCCGCCACAUCCUCCUUCAUCGGGACCCGCAUCCCCGACGUGUACUCCAACUCAGGCCGAGUCCAGGCCCGGUUCGGAUUUGGAGCCAAGAAGGCUGCCCCCAAGAAGAAGCAGGCCGCUUUCACCGAGCGCCCGCUCUGGUUCCCCGGCGCCAAGGCUCCCGAGUGGCUCGACGGCAGCUUGGUCGGUGACUACGGCUUCGACCCCUUCGGUUUGGGCAAACCCGCCGAGUACUUGCAGUACGACUACGAUGGUUUGGAUCAGAACCUCGCCAAGAAUUUGGCGGGAGAUGUCAUCGGUACCCGUACUGAAACUUCUGACGUGUCAUCCACACCGUUCCAGCCUUACUCCGAAGUCUUCGGGCUUCAGAGGUUCCGUGAGUGCGAGCUCAUCCACGGCCGCUGGGCCAUGCUCGCCACCCUCGGUGCCCUUGCAGUCGAAUCACUCACCGGAAUCACAUGGCAAGAUGCCGGAAAGGUGGAGUUGAUCGAAGGAUCGUCUUACUUGGGACAGCCGCUUCCAUUUUCACUGACCACAUUGAUCUGGAUCGAGGUUUUGGUGAUCGGGUACAUUGAGUUCCAGAGGAACGCUGAGCUCGACACAGAGAAGAGAUUGUACCCGGGAGGCAAGUUCUUCGACCCAUUGGGAUUGGCUGCUGACCCGGAGAAGAAGGCCACACUUCAACUGGCGGAGAUCAAGCAUGCACGUCUGGCCAUGGUUGGAUUCCUUGGAUUUGCUGUGCAGGCAGCUGUCACCGGUAAAGGUCCGCUUAACAACUGGGCUACUCAUUUGAGUGACCCGCUCCACACCACCAUCAUCGACGCCUUCUCCUCUUGAGCAUUGUGUGCUGUUGUCGAGUUAAUUAGCUGAAUCAUGAGUUGUACUGGUACUGCUUAUCUUGUAAAGAUUAUGAAAUGCGAUGUGAUGAAAUGGGAUUACUACUACUUGUUAAGUGACUAAAUGGACUAAAUGUUAAUGUCUCAUAGACUCGUUACUAGUGGUAAUUUUUCUUAU